UUUUCCUAACUUUAUUGCCAUUACUUCCUCUUCAACGCCUCAACCAAUAACCAAUCAUCCAUUGGUUCUUUUACUUUUUUUCUUUCUUUCCUUGUUUCUUUAGCGCUCAACAAAGCCAAGAAGUUGAAUUCGUCGACAGCACAGCCAUGUCUCUUGAUAAUAAUGUCUCCAGCUUAGAAUCCAGGUAUCUGGAUUCCUGCAAGAGGCAUCAGGCGCUACCAAAUACUGCAGUCGUGUCAUGGCUUCAUAAGGCUGUUAUACAGAGAAUCAACCACCAGAAAUGCACUAUAGAAGUAUUCUUAGACCAACUUGAGGAUUGUGAUUUAUCUCCAGUUACAGAUGUCUUCCUUGAUGUGCAGUGUGAUGCAGUUGACAUUCUUUGUAGAUCACCCAGUGUCUUAAACCAAGAAUCUAUAUUGUCUCUAAUAAAUGCAGCCAAUUCAAAACUUGAAGUCAUUGAUUUCCAAGAUGCAUCUGUCCGGAAGGAUAUCUUAUGUGAUAUUCUCCAUGGUGGUUUAAAAUGUCAUGUAAUGAAUUUAAGGUUCAAUGAGUUCCAUGCUUUCAACUUCGCUGGAGGCUUUAUGCUAUUACACACCCUUAGUCUUGACUUCUGUUCUUCUCUCUCUACAUUGGAGAAUGAUUGUUUUGUUAACAUGCCAAAUCUGAUGCGGAUAUCUCUAUGUGGAACAAGAGUUGCAAAUCUGUGGACAACUAGUGCUGCCUUGUCCAGAUUAAAUUCCUUGGUUGAAAUCCGGUUUCAAAACUGUGCGUGCUGCAAAAACACUGGAUCAUGUCCUACUUUGUCCAGAGAGAGAAGAGAUCUUGCUUGUGACAGAAAUGUGGCAGAGCACACGAGUGAGCAUUCAAAGUGUCAACAAACAACUAUUUCUGUUGGGAAUGUUGAAUCUUCUAUUCAAGAUGAAUCGCCCAAAUUUGUCUCUGUUGGAGAUUCAUUAGUAAAUAUUCAUACUCACAGCAUAUCUCACAACUCAAUAGAUGAUAGAUUAAUAGGUAAGAUGUCAUAUAAUCUUCAUGGAAUUAGCUCAUCUGGUCGGUCUUCCAAUGCUCAUCCUGUAUCAGUUGGCUUGAGCAUGCUGCAGAUUGAGGUUUCUCAUGCAAAAUUGGAGACUGAAGAGGAUGGUGAGUCCCCUACAAGUGUGCUUGACUUGGAUGUGAAAGAUUCCUCAAUUGCCUCUAAAAUGAAAGUUCUAGAAAAUCCUUCUCCAAUCUGCUUUGAGAACCACUACAGGGAGUACAUGAUUGCAUCACUACCCCAUUUACAGGUUCUAGAUAACAUCCCAAUAAGACUUGUGGACAGGGACAUGGCCAAAAUGGUCUUCUCAAAAUAUUUUGAGUACUUGCCAUAUAAACGACAGCAUGGGGAGAGUGUUAGCAACAUUUUGUAUAUGCGUGAGACAGGAACAAGUUGUGGAUACCAUGAAAGGUCUACCAUAAAGAAGCAGUCAUCUUCCCAAAAGAGUAAAUUUUUCUAUACCAGGUCCAUUUGUGCGGCAAAAUUUGGCUCUUCAGUGUGGCCCGUCCACCUUCCUAUGUCUCAGAUCUGCAGUACUUUGGGAGAAGGUAGCAGAAGCCUCCGGCCUAGGCAGUUUGAGUAUCACCCAUCUGAUGCUUCUCUAAUGGGUUUUGGAACACUGGAUGGGGAAGUGGUUGUCAUCAAUCAUGAUAAAGGAAGCCUCUUCAAGUAUAUUCCAGCCUUGGAAACUUCUAACAGUGCAAUGGCACUAUGUUGGCUUAAUCAGCAUCCAGCAAAGCUUCUUGCUGGUUUUGAGAAAGGUUCCUUGAGAUUAUAUGACAUCAAUCAAGUGACAACAAAAGUUGAGGAUAGCCGUUGGACUUCCAGCACUAAAUUCUAUGAUGACUUUGAUCAGCUGACUUCAGUUCAUGUUAAUUCAAGUGAUGAUAAGUUCUUGGCUAGUGGUUAUUCGAGAAAACUUGCAGUAUACGAUCUCUGCACUGGCAGACGCUUGCAGUUGUUGACAGAUAUACAUCGAGAAACAAUUAAUGUUGCUAAAUUUGCCAAUUGCUCUCCACACCUUCUUGUUACUUCAUCAUAUGACUGUGAUGUCAAGAUGUGGGAUUUAAGACAAAAACCAACACUACCUUGCUAUACUUCUUCAAGCUCAAGAGGAAAUGUAAUGGUCUGCUUUUCACCUGAUGACCUUUAUCUGCUUGUAUCAGCUGUGGACAAUGAGGUGAGACAACUUUUGGCCGUUGAUGGGAGGCUUCACACAAGAUUUGAAAUAUCUUCAACAGGAAGUUCUCAUAAUUUCACUAGAUCAUAUUACAUGAACGGUAGAGACUAUAUCAUCAGUGGAAGUUCUGAUGAAUCCAUUCUAAGAAUUUGCUGUGCCCAAACGGGAAGGCGGUUAAGGGAUGUCCAUCUGCAGGAUAGGACUCUGGGGAGCUCAAUGUAUGUGCAGUCUUUGAGAAGUGAUCCAUUUCGUCACUUUCAUAUGGCUGUUUUAGCUGCCUAUGUUCGUCCAAGCUCACGAUGGGGGAUUGUUAAGGUCAAUUUGCUGGCUUCAAGUCAUCAUGCUAAACAGGAUUCUGAAUCCCAAGAUUUCUGCCCUCGCUUUGGAUGGGGAGGUUGAUUAUACUUUAGAACUCACAAGUCCUGUUACCAGGACCUCCUUCAAAGACCAAUCUUUGCUUUGUUCAGUGAUAUGUUCAAAAUGGACGUAUCAAAAUCCAUUGGGUUAUGAAGAGUAUUUUUGGAGGGGAAAUGUUUUUUUGCCCUCCCCCACCCCACACAAACACCCAAGAAAAAGAUCCUUGAAAGGUAACAUGCAUUGGGAGGUACCAGGUUUGGCACCUAAAGUGCGGCCAAACUUCUUACAAUGAUAAUGUCGAUAUCCUGUGCGGUUUCCCUAGGCAAUGGCAAGUUGUAGACGGUAGUUAGGAGAAUGCAGAGAGCUUUACGCCUUCGGAAAAUGUAUGUAAGAUGUUUGACGGACAAGCUGUGUGGAACCUUCUUUGCACGAAGAGCUUUGUUUAAUUAGGACUGUCUCCUCGAGUGUCAGCAAGCCCACUGGGUCACGCCAUGUCGAAAGCAUCUAAUUAUUUGCCCGGCUUCUUUGAGGCACUUUUCUCUUUUGAAUACUGCUUACCUGUGUUCCA